UAAGAUAAUGGCUAAAUUUGUUGCUCCUCGACCCCUGAUGAUCAAAGAUGAAAACUUGGAUCUUCAGCCCAAAAAGGCUGUCUUGAAUGCCAAGUCGAAGAAUUCUAAGACAGGUGGAAAGAAAGGUGGUUCGGGGAUUGCAGGUCGAAAAGCUCUAAAUGAUAUAACAAACAAAAAAUCACUUCACCCUGAAGCCUCAUCUAGGAAAAAGAAUUUACCUAAGGAAGAUAUUAAUAUAAAGGAGGAAAUGUUCUUGCAUGAUCACAGGAAGUGCAUUGAGGCCCAAAAAGCUGCGUUGAGCAAUUUCAAUCUAGAGACGCUUCUUCCCCCAGAUGACUCCAUACCUAUUAUAGAGCAGAUACAGGUUCCUGAUUCCCCUCGAUGCUACCCGGAACCAGUAGAAGUGUCAAUGACCGAAUUCUCUGAUAGGUUGAACUAUUCAACGCAGUGGAGAUCUCCUCCAUCUUCUCCAUUACCAUGGGACUCGCCACCAUCCCCUUUUCAAUGGAAAUAUGAAGCAGUUGAAUUUGUUCUGAAGCCAGAAAAUGAUGCAUAAGUGAAACCCACUAUUUUUUCUAUUACAUGCAAUAGAACAAGUAGAUUCAUUCC